AUGAAGUUUUUACGCUUGGUGUCGAUUGCCACGGCAGUUGUGGCACUACAGAUUCCCUUGCGGCUCAAAACCCUGCCCGCUAAUAAGGCAGUGUUUGCCGACGACCCUCUCGCUACGGAGUCGUCUAAAGUCCAUUACCUGAAAGUGGACCCUAGCCUAUGGCCAGUGGACCUCAACCAGUACCAGGGUGUGGUUAUUCGAGGUGAUCUACUGUCAGUGCCGCUGCUGGCCUUGCGAGAGGCUCUUCAAGAGAUUGAGAACAGUAUCUGGAGCAAAAAUAACAUUGAGAAUACCGCCGACAUCCAAAUCAGCUACGAAAAUCUUGUUAAGCUUUUGGAAAAGGUACCCCAAUUCAAAUACUCGGUAAUGAUCGACGACUUGGCCCAAAAGGUGUAUGAGUCGUAUCCUCACCAUGAAGCUGAAGCCGCGAGCGAGGAUGAAGUCAUUGCGAACCUGGAGAUUUUCUUUAAAGAGUACCGCUCGUUAGAUACUAUUUAUUCGUGGUUGGACAUGUUACAGCAAACGUAUCCUGAAGUGCUUGCUGUGGAAGACAUCGGUGAGACCUAUGAGGGGCGCCCCAUUCGUGUCGUUCAUUUCAGUGUCAACAAAGAAGGUAUCGACCACAGCCAGAAAAAGUCUAUCGUGGUUACUGGUGGCACCCAUGCCCGCGAAUGGAUUUCGGUGUCUUCGACAUUGUUUUUAUUGUACAAGCUCUUGAAUCACUACGAAUACGACCCAACAGGCGACGUGGUGACCAAACUCAACAUUUUAUUUGUCGUGGUGGAAAAUCCCGAUGGUUACGAGUACACUUGGAACCACGAUCGCUUGUGGCGGAAAAACCGUCAAAAGACUAAGAAAGAGGGCUGUUUUGGGAUUGACAUCGACCACUCGUACGACUACCACUGGACGAAGCUGACCGACUGGGAAUGUGGUGAAGAAUACUCGGGUGAGUACCCAUUUGAAGCGUAUGAGCUGAAGAUCUGGAACAAGUAUCUUAAUGCCACCAAUGAGCAACACAAGAUCUAUGGCUAUAUUGACUUGCACCUGUACUCUCAGGAAGUGUUGUAUCCUUAUGCCUACUCUUGCAACGAACAACCUCGCGAUGAGGAGAACUUGGUGGAGCUUGCCUAUGGUAUUGCUAAAGCCGUUAGAAUUGAGUCGGGCCAGGCGUACAAUGUGUUACCCGCCUGUAUCGACAAGGACCUGGACAUGCUUCCCGACAUGGGGUCGGGGCUGGCGUUGGACUACAUGUACCACAGCAACGCCUACUGGGCGUACCAACUCAAGCUCCGCGACACCGGUCUGCACGGGUUUUUGCUUCCCAGUCAAUAUAUCGUCCCCGUGGGCAUGGAGAUCUACGCCGGGCUCAAGUACUUUGUCAGAUUUGUCGUUGACGACGAUCGCUAA